CACCAUAAUUAGGGUCUGAUAUUUUGGCAAGGCUCCGACGACGCGACCAAAAUUGUGUCAGAGAAAUGGCGUUCAGAAGUUUAAUUCGAGUGCAAUUAUGUCAGCAUCAGAGAGGGAUUUUACUCAGAGGAAAGGAAUUUGGAUCACAGAAGGAUGCAAGUGUGAUAUGCCCGGCAUGGAGACAGAGUGCACUCAUGUAUUCUUCACUCAACGGAGCAGAUGGCGUAGUGUGUGACUACCAGAAUGGGCUCCCGACCCUGCUGGUACCCCUCCCUUCCAGGAGAGAGAGGUGUCAGUUUACCCUCAAACCGGUCACAGAGACGGUAGGUGACUUCCUCCGGCAUCUCAAGAAUGAAGAUGGGGGGAUCGAGACCGUCGCAAUCUACAAUGAUGAUGAUGUAAAGGUGGCCAGAUCAACGAGUAUAGAUGUAUUGAUGAGGAAUCCAUUUUCUCUCCGGAUAAAUGAAGAUACUUACAGGGUAGACCCGCCAGAACUAGAUAAACUCAUAAGUGAGGAUGCCAAGACUCUGGAUGAUGUCAAAUCCAUGAUCUACCAGCUCUACUCCACCCUCCAUGUGGAGGAGCAUCAGCUGGAGAAGGAGAAGGUCUUGAGAGGCAAGCUGGAGCUACUCCAGGAAGAGCUGGAUCCUUUAGAACGGCUUAAAAUGGACCUUGAUAUGAAAGCCAAGAAGAACACCAAUGCUUAUGUCUGGGGUGGUCUUGGUUUCAUGGCCGUCCAGUUUGGACUUCUCGCCCGCCUGACAUGGUGGGAGUACUCCUGGGAUAUCGUAGAACCUAUCACCUACUUCGUCACCUACGGAACGGCAAUCGCUGCCUACUCCUACUACGUAGUUACCCGUCAAGAAUUCCUCUAUCCCGAUGCGAAGGAUCGCAAGUACCUAGUCCUGUUUCACAAGUUCUCCAAGAGGAAAAGCCUGGAUCUAGAGAAGUACAACCAGCUCAAACACGACGUUGCUCAGGUGAAUGCUGACCUCCAGCGGCUACGUGAUCCUUUGACCAUCAACCUUCCCAUCCCUCCUCCUCCCAGGGAAAAGGCAGAAGAAGAGGACUUUUGAGUUACCAUGGAAACGCACAAGUUAAUCGUACCCUAGACCAAAAUUAUGUAUAUCAUAUAAAUAUCUACAUACGAUUCUCCAGCCUGUUGAUUUGAAAUACUGCUCCAAAGAAUAUUAGUUUCAUGGUGGGGAAAAUAGUAAGGAUACCGCCCUGUUUGUCUCUAUAGUUUCAUAUAUUACAUGUAGAUGUUUUACGUUAAUAAUUUGGAAAUAAUCACAAGCUAGCUCUAAUUGUGUGGGAAAAGCUUUGGUGAUCGUCUUGUUUUGGGCUCAUGAUAUAACUAACUUUAUGUAAUAAUGUGUGUUUGGUAAAGAUUGGGAAAAGAUAAUCAGUAGACCAACUGAAUUAUUGAAUAAAGUAUUCAUUUUUUAAAUUCGGAGCACUUCAGAUAUGAAAAUGGCAUGUAUUGGUUGUUUGUAAAUUUAGCGGAGAGUUGAAAAAGGCAAACGAGCUUGUCAGUUUUCCUGUAAAAUCAAAAAAAAUUAGACAAAUUAUGAAAAAUGCUGCUGGAGUGGUAUUGAAUAUGCCCUGUAGUAUUUGCUUUAAUUGUAAAUAUUUGGCUUUUUUGAAAUUAAAGAGUUAAUUUAAAUUUAUAAGCAUAAUUUCAGCUGCCUUUUUAUUUCAUGAGUACUCACAUAUUGUUAGGAAAUCGUUUUAGUUGUUUACAAAAUACAUGUGGGGGGUUUAUGAAACCAAUGUUACAGUCAGGGAACGAUUUGUGUAUUUGUAUGAUUUAUAUUUUAGAUUAAGCAAAGGAUAGAAAAUUGUGUACUACCUCCCAUGGCAGUUUCUACUUAGAGAAAAAAUUAUAGAGGCAUUUUUGUUUUCAUAUGUAAUCUGAUUUUAGAAGUUUUUUGUUGAUUUAUAGCAGAUUUCCUUUCAGCCGAGUCAGAUUUUGUUGUUGUCAUUCUUUUGUGAGAUCACAAUGGUAUUCAAUUAUACUCUUGUCUUCUCUUUUAACUGAAGUAUUCCUGUUUGUCUGUCAGUCUUGAUAAAGCUAUCUAUAGAUAACAGUCACCCAACUCAUAUGUUGCUAUGUCCGGCCAAUGUUCAGGCAGGCUUAUGAUUCGGGACAAGUGUCGUGUGGAAAAGAUGUAUUUCUGAUUGCCAGCAUUAAUCUAUAGAUAACAAACACUUAACUUAUUUGUUGCUAUGUCCAGCUAGUCUUCAGGCAGGCAUCCAGGACAAGUUUUGUGUAAAAAAGGAUUUAUUUCUGAUUACCAGUACAGGCAUGCAUGCAGAGCCCUUGAGUUAUACAAUGAAAUGCAUGUUUUGGAAAUGUACAUAGGAAAAUAGGGUUUGUAAUUAAUUUGUAUAAAAU